CAAAAUUUUUUUUUUUUAAGAAUUUAACAAAGAUGGUUUUGAGCAAUUAAUUGGGGGACAUUUCAAAUAUUAAUUUCGAGCAUUGUGGGUAUUCACCUUGGCCUUCAGUAAGGCAGCUCAAAUACAGCUGUUCUAAAUGUGCUGAAAACACAUUUUAGGUUUUAAUGGUACAAUUUAUAACUAAUUGAAUUCUAUUACUGGCGUGUCUGUAGUUGUGUGGUUUAAGUUUCGUUUUCUUGUAGGAGUGUAAGGUUACUGAAAGGCAAUGAAUUUGCAAAGGUGUAAGACCUGAGUUUAUACAAACUGUUGUUUGAUGGUCAAAGUAUGGAAGACAGUGAUGCUAUUUUGAUUGAAUUGCCAGAACUGCAAGUCAUCUUCUCUCCUUGGCUAAACCCCCAAAGCAACAGACAGUAAGGUGGGGGGAGAAGGGGAAGCAUGUGUUGUUAUCUGAACAUGGAAGAAUGGAAACUGAGACAAAUGCAAGACACUCUGCCACUUUACAGUGUCUGUACGAUUUGAACUUGUGAGAAUGUUCCAUGCUAUACCUCAGUAAGUGGAGGUUGUGAUGGCACAGUGUAUAAAGUAGUACAUCACAUCUGGUUUUCUAAAGUCAUCUUGUGACAUUUGUAAUACAUCCAGAGUAACUCGAGUCACUGAUGUAUCUGACUUUAUUUUUAACAUUGUGAUUCAUCUGUCAGAUUAGGGUCAGCAAUAAUCUAACCUACCACUGAAUCUUAAAAGUGCAAACAAACAAAAAAAGCAAACUUAAGUUACUUCCCUGCUUUUCAUGCUCGCCACAUACAAACAGUACAUGCUACUUUUCCGUUUUCACAGGCAGUUUUCAUUUCAAGUACUUUAAAUAUGCAAAUUCUCAAUUGUUAGCAUAGGUCCUGUGCUUUUCCUGCUAUUUAUGCCUGCAGGUUGACUAGAAUGCAGUAAUUCUACUGUGUUGGUGGAAAAAUGACUGUUUCAGCAUCUGUGUUUCGUUUUGUGCUGGGUCAAACAAUCCCUAUAAACCCUUUGUGCUGUCAGGUGAUUGCAGUGUCUGUUACAGUAAGGGUGUCCUAAAAACUAGUAGAAAAAGGACAUGUUUAUGGAUUUUGGUGUGGUCUAGUAGACCAUUCCAAGCCAAAGGAAUGCCCUAAGAAUCUGGGUCUUAGGUAUAUGUUUUCUGAUAAUAUUUUCAUUUUCACAAUCAGCGUUUCGUAAUGGAAAAAAAAAACCACUUUAAAACUCUUCUAGCUUUUUCUUUUGCUAGAUACCAAAAUAACAUACUUGGAAGUAGAAGCUGUGUAGAGGUUGUGGCCAUAUACUCCAUAAUCUGCUGGUGGUCUGAAUAAUAAUUUGGCUUGUACUUUUCCACCCUUCUCAUUGGGUGUGCAAACUAGGUCCUGAAAAAUUGCUUUCAGGGCAACAUUUCCCUGAUGUAUAAAGAAUUUCAGCUGUGGCCUUUCUAUUUAAAGCAGUAUGGAGCAAAUGCUUCCUUCAUCUGUAAUCUGACUAGGAUUCACUGGAUCUCGAGUCUCCUUUGCUAGUGAGCAGCUACAACCUGCUUAAUUCUCGUUCUUGUAUUUUCAUUUACGAGAUCUGCCAGAAGAUUAGUCAAUCAGUGACGUUAUUAGCAGGCCUGUGAGAAAUGCUUACACUUCCUGAAGAUGUUGCAUAAUACAGUGUGAACAUAAAGGGUUGAGGGAAGAGGCAAAAAAGCAAAAACAUGCUGUGGUGGGGUUGAGGACACAAUUGUGGCAAGAGGUUUGAGGCUGAAAGGCACAGUGAGACUACAGCUCACUGUCGUGUGGAGUGAAGGGGAUUUCAGAAAGAAAAUGUCUGCCAAAGAGGACCCUACAGUGGAGACAAGUGACAAUGAAAUACAUGAGCUGAAUCCUUCUGCAAUGCAAGCUCUUUUCCCGCAUGCAGCCUUUGAUUUUCACAAGUUUGCCAAAGACAUGGAGGCAGAAUUCCAAGAAUUCCGUGAACAGCUGCAGAACAGUUACAACCCUACCAUGAGAAAUGAACACAACAGAUUAAAGUCCUUCUUGUCCUAUACAUCUCAUUCAUCAUGGUCUUUGACAGAAAUGGCAGCUGCUGGGUUUUAUCACACGCUUGUUAAAUCCAGUGUGCAGUGUUUUUGCUGUGGAUUAGUUUUAUUUACCACAAAGGUUAGAUGUACCCCAUAUGAACAGCACAAGAAAUUUCGUCCUACUUGUGAAUUUGUCCUGGGCAAAGAGGUGGGUAAUAUUUCAAAGUACGACAUACGUGUUCAGAAGCUGGAGAAGUCAGCAGAGCACGCCUACAGGUACAGUGGGGAGGACGCGAGGCUGCAGUCCUUUGACAGGUGGCCAUUUUAUGCCAGAGGAACAAAGCCUAACUUGCUUGCCAGAGCUGGGUUUUUCUUUACAGGCAAGAAAGAUACAGUGCAGUGUUUCACUUGUGGUGGAUGUCUGGGAAAUUGGGAAGAUGGUGAUGAUCCUUGGAGAGAACAUGCUAAAUGGUUUCCUGAGUGUGAAUUCCUUCAAAGUAAGAAAUCAAGUGAGGAAAUUAAAAAGUACAUUGAAACCUACGGUGGAUUUGUUGGAGUGGUGGGGAGGCAUUUCACAGCUUCCUUUAUGAAGGAGAAUUUAUCUACUGCAACAGGUGAUCUCAUCUUGAACAUCUUUGAGGAUGAAGGCGUUCGACUGGACUCUUUUAAAACUUGGCCAGCAGAAGCCCAUGUUGAAGCCACUGCUCUUGCUAAAGCCGGGUUUUUCUAUACAGGAGAAGGUGAUAAGGUACAGUGCUUCAACUGUGCAGGUUGCUUAAAGGAAUGGGAAAAAGGUGAAGAUCCAAUGAAAGAACAUGCAAAAUGGUUCCCUGAUUCCAACUGCUUGGAAGUACUUGGAAAGUCACUGGAAGAGCAACCAGAAAGCCCAUCGACAUUACCGUCUGUACAGCAAACUCAGUGUAAAGCACAUCUUGAAGAGAAAGCAACCCUAUGUUCUGUAGGAGCUGACAUGACAGUUGUUGAAAAUCAGUGUCCUCAAGAAGCAAAGAACUUGACCAAACAACUUACAAAGGCUUACAACGAUAACAGCUUCAGCAAAUUGUUUUCCUUUGGGAACUCAAACCAUUUGGCUAUUGAUUUGAAAUUACUCUAUGGGGACCUAUCAGUUGUCUCAAAGGAUAUUAAUGAUCAACCAAUACAGCAGCUCUUUCUUCAUGAAAUCCUUGUGAACCUUAACUCCACCAUUGUGCUGGAAGGUGAAGCAGGAAGUGGAAAAACAGCAUUGCUCAGGAAAAUAGCUCUUCUUUGGGCCUCAGGCUGCUGCCCCAUUCUGAGCAGGUUUAAGUUUGUAUUUUAUCUCUCCCUGACUUAUGCAAGAUCAGAUCAGAGCAUGGCUGAUAUUAUAUGCAAUCAACCAGUAGGAUUUAUGGGACCACUAACAGAAACUACUCUAAGAGAUGUAAUUCAGCCACUGAAAAACCAGGUCUUAUUUCUUUUGGAUGACUACAGUGAGAUGAAUUCAGUGCCUCAAGCUGUAGAGGAACUUAUACAAAAGAACCAUCUCUACCAGCAUUGCUUGGUUGUUGCUGUCCGUACUAACAGGAUGAGAGAAAUUCGCAAGUAUGCAGCCACCACUUUAAGCAUCAGAGAGUUCCCUCUGUCCAGCACUCUGUAUAUACUGAAGAAAUUGUUCUCCUGCAAUAUCGACCUUGUGGAGCAGCUUCUCUUUCAGCUGCAGUUUAAAAAGUCUAUGCAGACCAUUAUAACAACACCACUUUUCAUGGUGUCUCUUGCUGCGUAUUGGGUACAGCACCCAAAGGGUGACAUAAUCAGUGAUAAGGCUAUUUUUAAAGCCUAUCUGCUCUAUCACUUACUAAAACACAGUGAAGAAACAGAACAUGUACUGGCUAUGUUUUCCUCAUGUGGUGAGCUUGCCUUAACCGGUCUUUUUAAGCCAUCCUUUGAGUUCACUGAGUAUGAUCUGUCUGAAGCAGGCGUUGAUGGAGAUGAAGCUGUUAGGCUGGGUUUACUGAGCAAAUUUACUGCCCAAAGGCUUCAUCCAGUUUAUAAAUUCUUUCACCCCUUAUUCCAGGAGUUUCUUGCAGGGAGAAGACUGAGCGAGCUCCUGGUUUCUGAUGAAAAAGAGAAACUGGAGCAAGGGCUGCAGUACUUGCAGCAAAUCAAUACAUUUAGAAAAGUUGCUGGGCGCUAUAAUUUUUUAUUGGUUUACGCUUGCAGCUUUUCUUCCAAAGCAGUCCCCCAAAUUAUAUCCUAUUUAUUUAAAUUGAUUGACUGCAAGCAUUCAUUGGAAAGCCAGUCAGAAAAUGAUGAACAUCUGCAGCACCAUUCAGACCUGCCAAUAAGAAUGUGUUUAAUUGACCAGUUAAGUUUUAUUGAUCCAAAACUGCUUCUUCCAGUUUUCAUUCAGUAUUUACUGGACUUUGCUACUUCUGUAGUUUACAGCACUAAUACCGUCUCUGUGUGUGCCCCAAUCAUUCUUCAGUUCCUAAGAGGCAAAGAUAUUUUGUUAAGUUCAUUUUUACUAUCACAAAAACCUAACUUGAGGUUUUUUCAGGAUUACCCAGAAUCACUGUCUCUACCCAGUAGUUUUCAGGUUGCAGUACAAGGAAGUGAACACAAACAAGCAUUUAAUAUAUCUGAGAUAAUCACUUGCUAUUCUUCACUGGAGCUGCCAACAAUUGACCGGGAUUACGCUCCUGCAUUUACACUUUUUAAAGACAUGGCACAAAAAAUCAAAGAAAAAAACAUUAAUAGAUUUUUUUCUCUGAUACAAAGACACCUACCAGACUCCAUCACGUGUCCUUUCCUACUUACAACAAGGAAGAUGCCACUUUUAAAAUGUACAUUCACGAACAUCAGUUCCUUUCAGGAAGCUGACCUCAGAAAUUUGAUGGCACUGUUUUCCAUUUCGGAUUAUAUUGAACUUCGGUUGAGUAACAGUCCUGGAUUCAUAGAGGUUAUCCGACCUGCUAUUGAACAAUACAAGGAGCAUUUUAAAAAAUGUAGUCUACAUCAUCUUAACUUGAGCACAACAGAGCAAGAAUUACUUCUGUCGAUGUCUUUUGUGGAAUGUCUUGAGGUAGAUGAAAAAGAAAUACCAGAACUACUUUUUUCAAAUUUGGACAAAUUCAUCUGCCUGGAGGAACUGUCAGUGAGUCAGUGUGAGAACUGCAAUGUAUUUGAUAGAAUACCUGAUGGCUUCAAAAAUCUCUGUAACAUGAAGAAAUUGUUGAUGAGCAGAAUGAAGCUUGAAAACUGCUCUAGGCUGGUGUUGCAAUACUUUUAUUUUGUAGUUGAAUUUAUUAAGAGCUUCCAAGACCUCUCUGUUUUUCACCUGGACUGCUCCAGCUACUUUGAUUCUGAAUCCCUUCUGACAGCAAUUUCUUCAUGCAAAAAAUUAACAGAAAUCAAGUUAACUGGGUCAUUUUUGAGAGAUCAAGAUUUGCUUUCUUUAGCUGCUGCUCUGCCCAAUUUUGUCUCUCUCAAAGUGUUGGGUCUUGGAAGCCAGUAUUUUGAUGACAAGGAAGCUUGUGAAAUCUUUGCACACAGUUUAGGUGGUGUUCUUAACCUGGAGGAGCUCAUCCUUCCUGCAGGAAAGGGAAUAAAGUCUGCAGCCAAACUGAUUGUGCAGCAGUGUCUACACCUGCUGCACCUCAGAUGCUUCUCAUUUAUCCUAUGUCUGGAUGAUGAUGGCCUAUUAGAAAUAGCAAAGGUUGCAAACCGUGGCGGUUUCCAGAAGCUUGAAAAUCUCUAUUUGUCAGUAAAUCAUGAUGUUACAGAAACUGGUUGGAGAAACUUCUUUAGAACACUUAAUAACAUGCCUGCUUUAAAAGAGCUGAACAUUAGCCGUAUGUUCACACAUCAGAUCAAAGCCAGUGCAUCAACAGUGACGGCUUUUGUCCAGUGUGUUUCUCGACUGCCUGGUCUUGUGACAAUAGUAAUGUUCGGUUGGCUCCUUGACGCAGAGGACCUUAAAAUGUUUGAUAUCAUGAAGGAGCAGCAUCCCCAGUCUAGGAGUUUAAAAUUAUCUUGGCAAUGGGUCUUGCCACUUUCACCAAACUUUCAAGACUAGAAAAGUUUGAGAGCGUUAGUAGUUUUGGGGUUUUUUUUUCUCCUCCUUCUUUUAUUACGAAUUAUACACCUGCAUUGCACAUGAAUUUAUAUUGUAAAAUUUUUACCAGGAUGAAACAUGCCGGUCUCUUCCACAGCAGGGUUAGGUUAAUGUAAAUGGAUCAAGGAGUAGAAGACAGGAUUAAUGUAACUCUAAUACCUGACUUGCUUUGCAAAUAUGGUUAUAGAUUGUACCAAAGUGAUUUCUUCCAAAGAAAAACGUAAAAUUUUGCUUAAAGCCUAUUUAAAAUAUAUUAUUUCUAUUCAGUUGUUUUGCUUGCAAUGAAAUCAAUUACAUGAAUAACUUAUGAAAUAAAAAUCCUAAAACCCUUUAUGGUCAGGACUGCACUAAAAAUAAUACUGGAUGCUAGAUUUUACUAGUGUUAAAAACCAAUAAAGACCACUUUUUGUAACAUAACGCCAGAUACUAACACUGGACUAGCUGAUUGAGGCAGGUGGCAGUUGUGUCUCUUUAGCAAUGAAGAGCUGCAGCACAGCUGAUUUUGAAGCUUUACAUCACUGCAAGCAAUCUUAAUUUACUUCAGCUAGAAAAUUAAGAAAAAGCCUUCAAAGUGGCUUAGGGAAGUUAAGAUUAUGUCUUUCUCUUUUUGCUCAAUUAUUUGUGGGAAAACUGAUUUUCUUACACUCAACCAUAGUAGGAAAAGGAACUGAACACAGCAAAGUUUGGGCCUGUAUUUGGCUAGUUUCUCUGAAAAAGCAACACACUGGCAUUAAACUAAAUUACUGUCUAGUUUUGUGGCUGCAGCCUUUAUUCUACGUGAGUUAAGAGUGUAAGCACUGAAAUCUAAGUCCGUACUUACCGCUACCUUUCCACAGUCUGCUUUUCCUAAAUUUGCUUUUACUAAUGGUACUCAGAAAAAGGCCACACAGCAAAACCACCUGGUGUAUUUCAGCCACUCAUCCAACAGACAGAUAGAGAAGCGAUAAAACACGCCAAAACAAACCACGUCCCUAAAUUCAAAGUUUGAAAAGUAGAAUUUUAUUAACAAGCAUUUGAAACAAAAAAUGAGCUUC